AUUCAGUGAAGUUUCAGUACUACGAGUGUCUAAUCAUUUCGUGUUGAUCAGCGUUGUUUGUCACCAUGGCUGGAGUACAUGGACUUGUAGCUGCAGGUCUGGUACUGCUCCUCGCCGCCGGUGCGCCGGCCUUCGCCGUGGACUACACCGUCGGCGACACCUCCGGCUGGACCAGCGGUGUGGACUACGGCACCUGGGCCAAGGGCAAGUCCUUCAGCGUUGGCGAUUCGCUCGUGUUCCAGUACAGCAUGAUGCACACGGUGGCGGAGGUGAGCUCCGCGGACUACAGCGCGUGCUCGGCCAGCAACUCGAUCCAGUCGUACAGCGACCAGAACACCAAGAUCGCGCUCACCAAGCCCGGCACGCGCUACUUCAUCUGCGGCACCAGCGGCCACUGCUCCGGCGGCAUGAAGCUCGCCGUCACGGUCUCCGCGGCGGACGCCACCACCCCUUCCCCCAGCACCACCACCCCUUCCCCCAGCACCACCACCCCGUCGACGUCCCCGCCGUCGUCGACCGAGACGCCCGCCACGCCGUCGGACCCCGGCAUGGACACGCCCUCGACGCCGGCCACCACGACGAAGUCGACGGGCAGCACCGGCGGCGCCGGCAGCGGCAGCGACGCCCGUUCGGUGAUGGGCCUGCUGGUCGGGGCCUUCGGCCUCGCCAUGAUGGGCUAGGCAAGAGGCAGUGCUGGUUGGUUCGGCUAUAUGUAUAUCUCCAGAUUCUCCACGACGUUUUUUUAGUAUCUCUAGUUUACGCGCUCCGUAAACUCUUCUUCUUCUUCAUGGGCCGGGCCGCGCUUCCCGGUCGAUUUGUUCCGUGGGUCUUAUCUUGUGCUUCUACUGCGAUUUCGUAUUUCAUUACUUACUUUGCAAAAUGGUAUUA